AUGGCAGCCAUAGAAGUACUGGAGACGUCGAGUGCCCUGCUGGAGCCUCAGAGCCUCACUGAGAUCUCAGACGAUGAGGUCAACCCUCCAGCCUCAGACGAUGAGGACAGCGCCCUGACCGCAGCCCGGAAGGAGCUGUCCUCCAUGGGCGCCGAGGGGGACGCCGAAGACAAGGACCAGGCCACCAAGCCAGACCCGCAGAUGAACGGGGUCAUGGUCCUGUCUUUGCUCGACAAGAUCAUCGGGGCGGUGGACCAGAUCCAGCAGACCCAGAGCGGGCUGGAGGCCAGGCAGCAGGACAUGGAGCGCUCGGUCACCUCCAUCCAAGGCGAGCUGACCAAGCUGGCCAAGAGCCACAGCACCACCUCCAACAGUGUCAACAAGAUGAUGGAGAAGGUCCAAAAGGUGAGCGUCAACGUGAAGACGGUGCGAGCCACGCUGGAGAAGCAAGGCGGCCAGAUCCGGAAGCUGGAGACCAACGAGGCCGAGCUGCUCAAGAGACGCAACUUUAAAGUCAUGAUUUACCAGGUGAGACCGUUUUCUCCUAACAGCUGUGAGGGAUGGGCGUGCCACACAGAAGACCUUAACCAAUGCGGGACCCCUGAGUUUAAGUCCAGUCGACUCAAUAGCACCGUUCAAAUAGUCCCAUUAGCCAUAAUGCAGCAGUGGCUUUGUGAUGAUUCUGGGAGGUGA